CUGGUACUAGAGCUUCAGUAUAUCGUUUGUUAUGUCACAUUACAAUGGCACCUCCAACGCGUCGCACGAUGAGUGUACCGUGGCAUGGAUCUGCGCGUUGCCGUUGGAAAUGGCCGCUGCAAAGGCAAUGUUGGACGACAUUCACGGUCGUCUUCCACAGCCGUCAACCGAUCACAACGCACACACACUGGGUAAGGUGCAUGGGCACAAUGUCGUGAUUGCCUACUUGUCGUCAGGCAUUUACGGGACCAUGUCGGCCACCACGGCGAUUAGCCUGAUGGUUGGUAUCGGAGGCGGAGUACCUCAGAAAACCGACGUUCAUCUUUGAGACGUGGUAGUCAGCAAGCCAUACAUAUAGUUGCGACUCCAUACGUCAUUACCAGCGUGUUUCUAGAAUGAUAGGUUAUUGAGAGCAAGGCUAUUGUAAGUGCUCAUCCUUGCUAAGUGUUAGAUCAUGGCUAUCCGCUUGGUCGACACUUGCGCGGCGGAGUUGGUAUAACCUCGUCCAUAUAAUUACGAAUAUAAGCUUUCUAGAGGCAUUUGUUUUCAUUUGUAGGCUAUCGUGAGGCUGAAGCGACUAUUGGCGUGGCAUGCAUGAACGAUUUCAG